CAGGAAAAUUUUGGAAAAUUCUUCUAGUCCUCGCUUUUUUAACAGCCAUCGCCCACGUAGUCUUCCACAUAACAUUAAUAUGCUUGGCACCAUAUGGAGCAUUUUUAACAAAUUGUAGUAAUAUAGAGUUCAUUCUUAGGCAAAUCGGUUUCGUUAGAUUGAAUGAUUUAUACGCCAGAGAGAUAGUGCGAUGGGUGAUGCCAGAAGUCUUGACCUUCGUGGGAUGUUUUUUGAUGUACCUGAGUGUGGUAAAAUUGAGCAAACAAGGACCAGCUGAUACUAACCCUUUGUUGCCCUUGGAUGCUGAAACUGGUGCUGAUAGGGGUAGUGGUGAUGGUGCCGCCACUGCCGAAAUUGGCAUCGGCGCCAGUCUUCAUAGUGAUAUGCACAGUGGGAAAAGUAAUGAGAAAAUUAAGAGAUUUUUGGCACAACUAGGUAAAUAUAUGCUCUUAGCAUUCCUGUGCAUAGCUGGUUCUAUGCGGCCUUCCAUUCCCAACAGUGUUUAUUUUUUAACAUUUUUGGCAUCGGCGACUUGGUGGUCAUGUUGCCGAAGUUUAGGACGCAAAUUUGCUUUAAGUUGCCGCCUUUUCGUAGCACCUUUACUCAUAGUUCAUAUUGUAGUACUUUAUUUGUAUCAAUUGCAAAUGUUUCAAGAUUUGCUACCGCCUUCAGUAAAAUGGACCAGAUAUUUUGGUAUCACACAACUGUUUACGUGGAACUGCCAAAAUCCUCGUAUAAUAACAAUUUUGGAUGUAGAAUGGGCAUCGUUUGUAAACCCAGUAGCCUUGUAUCUUUUAUACUACACCAUGAUUUUAGAAACAAAAGUUUUGCUCAAACCACAGAGGGAAAGAAAAUUAUCAAAACUUGACGCUGGAAGUUUUAGCGGCUCUUUGACGCGUCAAGUUUCUGCACGUUUGUCCAGGGCCAAACUGGUGCGAUCGACCUCUGAUUCUGCUAAAACUACCACUGAUAAAUGGAGAACGGCCACUACAAAAUUACGAUUAAUAAGAGGUGUAAGUCCUGGUAGAAGAUACAUGAAACAGACUUCUACAACUCAAGAAGCAGUUGGAACCACAAAUAGUGAGGUUCCUGAAGAAAAUAUACAAAUGCAGGACAUGAAUGAAACUGUGGAAGAAGAUGGAACUUUGUUGGAACAAAUCAUUCUUGCCAUUGUGUCAAUAUUUCAAGUUAUAAUAAUGUCUUCCUAUAUCUUCACGAAUAUCAUCAUGAUG